UUGUUUUUUUUAGGUUUUUUUAAAUUUAAAAUUAAGAAAUGAAAAAGUCUUUCCUAUCUUAUGUAUGCACUUUCUAUGUUAUAAGUCUUGUCAUAGUAUUUAGUUAUGCUUUGACUGCAACCGCUCUCAAUUCAGAUGAAAUUCGGAAUCAUUUGGGAACUCGUACCCCUUACAGAUUUAAAUCCAACAAAGACGACUCUAAAAUAAAUUUCCCAAAUUGCAAAGAUUCAAAAAUAUGGAUGGUUGCACGACAUGGCACAAGAUUACCCAGUGUUAAAGACAUUGUUGCCAUAAGUACUAUAUUAAAAGAUUUGAGAGUGGAUAUUUUAUUAAGGAAUAGAAGCGGAAAAGGUCCAUUAAAUAAAGAAAAAUUGCAAUGGUUUGAGAAUUGGAGCAAUGGUAUCCCAUUGGAGCAGGAAAACUAUCUUACCCUUGAGGGUCAAGAUGAAAUGAUACUGCUUGCUGAGCGCAUGCAAAAGAGAUUCCCUAAUGCUAUUAAAAAUAAAUACAACAAUGAGACCUUCAUGUUCCGAUAUACAGCAACACAAAGAGCUCAGCAAAGUGCAAAAUACUUUACAAUUGGUUUAUUUGACAAGAAAAAUUCGCAACAGGUUUUCUUUGAACCAGCUCUCAAAGUUGAUACUACAUUACGAUUUUACAAACACUGUGACAGGUGGCAAAAGCAGGUCAAGAGAAAUCCAGACACAUAUAAGGAGGUAGCUUUGUUCGGCCAAAGCAAAGAAAUGAACGACACUUUGCUGUCUGUGUCCAAAAGACUUGGCCUUGACAAAGCUUUGACCCUGGAACAAGUCGUCUUAAUGUAUAGAGUGUGUGGGUACGAGACGUCAUGGCACAAAUACACAAAAUCGCCCUGGUGUUUUGGGUUCGACGAGAAAUCUAUCAAAGUCCUAGAAUAUUAUGAGGAUCUAAAAAAAUAUUGGGUUGACGGCUAUGGGCAUACUCAACAAGCUGCGUGUAUGGUGAUGAAAAAUAUGUUCGAUACUAUGAGCAAAAGCGGUCGGAACGCAACAUUCCUUUUCUCGCAUUCCGGUACAGUUUUGAAGUUACUUACCCAUUUGGAACUUUAUAAGCCAGAUAGUCAUUUAAAGGGAGACGCUAUGGACGAAAACAGGCCCUGGAGAACAUCGGAUAUUGACUGCUUCGCUUCCAAUAUAGCUUUUGUGCUGUUUAAAUGUAAGGAUGGAGAUAAAAUAUUAACGCUACAUCAGGAGAAAGUAGUUAAACUGCCUAUGUGCGAGAAAAAACUGUGUCCACUAAACGAGCUCAAGAAGCAAUUCCACAACACUAUACAUAACUGCAACUUUACUGACCUAUGCAGUAUUAAUUAACAGUAUUAUAAAACCAGUGGACUAAGGCCUUAACCCUUCUCAUUGUCAAAGGAGACCCGUGAACCUCUUCUCUAUGUCAAAGGAGACCCGUGAAACCCUUCUCAUUGUCAAAGGAGACCCGUGCCCUGUAGUGGGCCGGUAAUGGAUUGAUAUGAUAAAUAAAUAUCAUGGUUUUACAUCAAUAAAACAUUAUUCAAGUAAAUGACAUAAGGCCCAUCAACGGCACUUUUGAUGCAUACUUUACAUAAAAAAAAAUUACAUGGUAGAGGAAUGAUGGCGAUAAUCAUGUUCGUAAACUUAAAACUAAUGUUAACCGAAGCUAAAAAGAAGCACACGACAAACUUAGCCGGGUCACGGGUGUUGUUUUUGUUUGAUGCUGAAUCUCGCAUUAAUAUAAAAUUAUAAAAAAAGCAACCUGGUUAGAGAGUUAUUCACACCCGAGCGUUUUUAUCUUUUACGUAAUCUACUAAACUAGCUGUUGUCCACGACUUCGUCUGCGUUUGAUUUUGUUUUUAGUAUCGCUACGCCUUCAAUGAGGAGUUCUCCAACCACAGUUUGGACAAAAUUAAACACAUAUUCUAACCUCUAUAGUACA